AUGCACGACGCUUAUGAAGAAACGUCAAUAUUAAAUAUUUCUGUUCAAAUAGAAUCUAUGGCUGCGUAUGGUAGGAAACAUAACCUUAAAGCUAAAAGUUUUUAAUCUGAGAUAUAAUUUUUUGUAAAUGUAUUUAUCAUUCUUCGCGUAUAGAAUUAUUUUUAUUAUACCUUCAUAGAAUGUAGUUAUUAAUUAAGUAAUUAAGUUAUUUAUUUUUAACAUAUUUACUUUUAAUAUUUCAUAUUUAUAUGUAAGUGUAAAUGAAUAAUAGCAAAGUGUUUCAGAUGACAAUUUAUUAAUUGGAACAAGAGAGGGUCAUCUUCUUAUGUAUAAUGUACCUUCUGUAUCAGAUGACAAUCACAAGUUAGAAUUAUUACGUCAUAGUAAAAAUUUUAAUAAAAAGCGUAUUACUCAGAUAGAUGUUGUAUCAGAAUAUAAUCUGCUUAUAAUUUUAACAGAUAAUAUAGUAUGUAUACAUGAUUUAAACUCUCCAAACUUUCAACAACUUUAUCAAUUACAAAAGACUCGUGGUGCCACAUUGUUUGCUUUAGAUAUAAAACAAAAUGAAACUGUAAAUGGUGAAAAAGAAACAGUUGUGCACUUAUGUGUUGCUGUGAAACGUAAGCUACAAUUAUAUAAUUCAAAAGGAAAAAAAUUUGAAGCAUUUAAUGGUAUUGAAUUGACUGUGCCUGAUAUUCCACGUGAAUUAUCUUGGUAUAUAUUGUGUGGUGAAACAUUAAUUUUGGGUUUUCGUGGCCUGUCAUAUACAAUUUUGGAUUUAAAUGGAAAAACUAAAGAACUAUUUCCAACUGGGAAAUCUCCUGAACCAAGUGUUACAAAAUUGUCUGAUAAUUCCUUUGUAUUAGGGAAAGACUCUCAAUCAUUUGUUAUGGAUACAAGAGGAGAACUGAUUCAGCAUAAUCCAAUAAAAUGGACCGAUACACCAAGUGCAAUAGCUUGGGAUGAUCCUUAUCUACUUGGAAUUGUACAUGAUAGAUUAGAAGUAUAUACUAUAGAAGGUUGUCUGCAUAUUCAAACAAUAAAAGACUUAAACAAAGCUAGGCUUAUAUAUAGAUGCAAACAAGGAAAAGUCUUUGUAGCAUCAAUUAGCCAUGUUUGGUGUGUGAGAGCAGUUGAUGUAACACAUCAAAUUAGAACAUUAUUAGAGCAAACUCAAUUUCAGCUAGCAAUAAAAUUAACUAGCUUAUCGGAUAUAUCUGAGGAGGAAAAACAGAAGCAAAUAUAUAAGAUUCAAACAUUAUAUGCUCAUCAUUUGUUUCGUAGUAAAAGAUUUCAAGAAGCAAUGGAUCAGUUUUUAAAAAUAGGAACAGAUCCUUAUGAAGUGAUAAUGUUGUUUCCUGAUUUAGUUACACCAUCUAGUAAUAACCCUGAAGUCAAUGAUCCAACUUUGCCUAAACUCCAAGACCGAGAUUUAGAAAAGGGCCUCCGCGCGUUAAUCAUUUUUCUUACUGAAGUUAGACACAAAUUAAUGCGUGACGCAAAACCUAAGGAUAAAGAAAAUAGCGAAGAAAAAUCUCUAGUAGAUGGGAAAAAGAAUAUGACAGCAGUAGCUACAGAGCAAUUAUUAAAAAUUAUAGAUACAACUUUAUUAAAAUGUUACCUACAGACUACUGAUGCGUUGGUAGCACCAUUACUUAGAUUAAACCAUUGUCAUUUAGCAGAAGCUGAAAAGACUUUAUUAAUGCAUCAAAAAUAUCCUGAACUUAUUAUAUUAUAUCAGACCAAGGGACAACACAGAAAAGCAUUGGAACUACUUGAAAAGCAUGCAAAAGAAAAUGAUUCUAGUUUAAAGGGUACUGCAAGGACAAUACAAUACUUGCAACAACUUGGUAAAGAUCAUAUGGAUUUAAUUUUAAAAUUUUCUGGUUGGGUUUUGAAUGAAGAUCCAGAGCAAGGACUUCGAAUCUUUAUGGAAGACAUGCAGCAAGUUGAACAAUUACCAAGACCAAAAGUAUUGGAUUAUCUUCUUCGUUGUCACAAAGAUUUAGUGAUAACGUAUUUGGAGCAUGUAGUACAUGUUUGGGAAGAUACUAACCCUUUAUUUCACAAUGUUUUAAUACAUCAGUAUAAAGAGAAGUGUUUAGCAUGUAUGAGUGAAAAUGCUACACCAGCUGAAAAGCAAACAGCUCAACAUAUAAGGCAAAAACUGCAACAAUUUUUGGAAAAAUCUACGCAUUAUACUCCUGAAACGAUAUUAGUGCAUUUCCCGUUUGACAAUUUGUUCGAGGAACGUGCAAUUAUUCUUGGGAGACUUGGACGUCAUCAGCAAGCUAUUUCAAUUUACAUUAGUCUUCUUAAUGAUAUACCGAAGGCAACUGAGUAUUGUUACAAUGUAUAUACUAGGUAUCAAAAUCAAGAAAAUGCAGAUAAACAGAAACAAUCCAAUGGAUCUGAUGAGGUUUAUGUCAUGCUUAUUCAACAAUUAUUGAAACCCGACAACGAAGGAGUUUUAAUGACAGGAUGUAGCUCUGAGAUUCAAAGAACAGCACAACCUGAUUUGGAGAUGGCGCUUGAACUACUUGAGAAACACGCAUCGAAAAUAAAUCCGUUAAAGGCAUUAGAGGUUCUCCCCGAUACAGUUCCUAUAGGUAGAAUAAAGCAUUUUUUAGAAGUCAGUUUACAGGAAAAAUUAAAUGCUAGAAGAAGGAUUCAAGUAUUAAGAGGUUUACUUUACGCCGAACAUUUGCAAGUACAAGAGCAACGUAUGCAUUAUGAAUCACAGAGUGUUCUUAUGACGGAAUUCAAUAUAUGUCCAGUGUGUAAAAAGAGAUUCGGCAAUCAAAGGUCGGUAUAUAAAUGUUAUAUCAUUGAGUGUAAGUAUUUUACGAAUCAAUUUCAAUAUAAGUUAUUUUUUAGUGCAUUUGCGAGGUACCCGAAUGGUGAUAUUGUACAUUAUUCGUGUCAAGAUCGUAAG